UCUAACGAUAUUAGAAGAGCUGAUUUUACUGUUCAACCCGACAGAUUCACUGAGACAGUUAUAUGAUAAUAAAACAAAGCACAUUUUGCGACACAAUGCUUUGUGAAUGUGCGUUAGCUCCAAUCAUUCAUUGUAUCGGGUGUCGUGUCGCAGCAGUAGUGGUUGGGUCACGUACUUCACGUAGCGGCUGAUUCAAUCGGAAGUGAACGUGUCUUUACGUGUUAUUUACUUGAACUACGCAUUACACAAACACCGUAGCGAGUGAGCAGCAGUGUGAAGAAGACCCGUUUACGCCGAACUCGGUUCAGUGACAAUGACAUCUUUCAUUCUGUUGGCGGUUUUACUCACUAGCGUUCACGUGACGACAGCUGGAUCCGCUGCUCACAGGUGCUUCUGUCAGGUCACUGGGGAUCUUGAUGAUUGUGCUUGUGAUGUUGAGACCAUCGACAGUUUCAACAACAAAGAAAUCUUUCCCAAACUACAGAAACUACUAUCAUCUGAUUAUUUCCGGUUUUACCAGGUCAAUCUGAACAACCCCUGUCCGUUCUGGACAGACCACAGCCAGUGUGGACUCAAAUACUGUGCUGUGAAACCGUGCACACCGGGUGAAGUACCAGAGGGCCUUAAAUCUAGCAGUUAUAAGUAUUCAGAAGAAGCUAGUCAGGAUAUAGAGAAAUGUGAGAAGGUAGAGAAACUUGGAGCUGUCAACAGUUCUCUAAGUGAUGAGACACUUCAGGCUCUUGAAGAGUGGAAGAAACAUGAUGAUGAAUCAGAUCGUUUCUGCAUGUUGGAUGAUGAGGACUCACCUGAAUCAAAGUAUGUUGAUCUCCUGCUUAACCCUGAGCGUUUCACCGGCUAUAAAGGACCAGAGGCCUGGCGGAUCUGGAACAGCAUAUAUGAGGAGAACUGCUUCAAACCGUAUUCAGUUAAGCGACCGCUGAAUCCUUUGGUGUCUUACAGUGGAGAUGAUGGUCAGGGGUUCUAUCGCUGGCUGGAGGGCUUGUGUGUGGAGAAACGAGCUUUCUUCAGGCUGAUCUCAGGACUGCAUUGCAGUAUAAACAUACACCUGAGUGCCAGGUACCUCCUCAAUGAAAACUGGUUCGAAAUGAAGUGGGGUCACAAUGUGUCCGAGUUCCAGCUGAGGUUCGACGAGGAGCUGACAGAAGGGGAGGGGCCGAAGAGGCUACGCAACCUCUACUUCCUGUACCUCAUUGAGCUGCGUGCUCUGGCCAAAAUUCUACCAUAUUUUGAACGUUCCACCUUCCAUUUGUACACCGGCCAGCCGACACAAGACAACGAGAACAAGAAACUGCUUUUAGAGCUCCUCCAUGUGGCUAAAUCCUUUCCAUUGCAUUUUGACGAGACUGCUCUGUUUGCUGGAAAUAAGAAGGAAGCCAUGAAACUAAAGGAAGACUUCAAGCUCACCUUUAAGAACAUCUCGCGUAUCAUGGAUUGUGUCGAAUGCUUUAAAUGCAGACUUUGGGGCAAAUUGCAGACCCAGGGCCUGGGAACCGCACUGAAAAUCCUGUUCUCAGAAAGGCAAAUCGAGGCCAUGCCCAACACAAGCAACACCAAUCCAUCAUUUCAGCUCAGCCGGCAGGAAAUUGUGUCUUUGUUCAAUUCUUUUGGAAGGAUCUCAACAAGUGUUAGAGAGUUGAAGAACUUCCGGUCGCUGUUGUCAAAGCUCAAACAGUGACAAAGUCCAUCCAAGUUGGCAACAGUCAAGGACUUGAUGUCUAAUAUCACAUGAAAUGACAGAAUUAUAUUCUUUUGGGUUGAUAAAUUACCGUUUUCAGAAUGAUCUUUUAUACCAGCUGUUGAUAAAUACAG